UCUCUCCCCCCCUCUCCUCUCUCCCCUCUGAAUCUCAUUGAUCCAGGCGCUGGUAAUUAGCCCUUCCCGUCGUGCCUGUGUAAUGAAGCACAUGCGCACUGAAUUAAUCAGCCAUUUUUUGCAGGAAACUAAUUAGCAGAAUAAAGAUCCAAAGACUUUUUUUUCCUCCUGUGCCUGGCGACCGUCAGAUGUGAGUGCGGGCUCCUGGUGUCCGGAGCCUCUCCCCCCAUGCGCCCGGGCUGCCCCACGGAGCCCGCAGCCACCGAGCCGACACGGCUCCGGCUCUGAUCCCGAGCGGCUUCAUGGGACCCCGAGCCAAGCCGGAGCGGACUAUCCCCCGGAGCCCAGCCGGUGCGCGCCCAGGGCGCAGCGCCCGAGAGCCGCCAGCCGCCAGCCCGAGGAUCUGACAACUUUCCCCCCUCCUCCCUCUGGGGGACCCCCCUCCCAAAAACUUGGAGGACUGACCUGCUGUGGUGUCCGGGAUCCGCCGCGGGAGGAAGAGCUGGAGGUGCCCGGGAGAGCGAUCCAUGGCAUAUCCCAUGUGCAGCCGGUCUGUUCCUGGAUGGUCCGAGCCGUAUUGGGUGCAAUGAACUCUCCGUGCAGACCUCGCCAUGGAAGGCUGUGAUGCUUCUGUCAUUGCUGGGAAGGACAAUGGGUGCAGCGUUCCUCCAAACCAAAAAUGGACUGAACUCAACAGCGCCCUCCACCAGUCCGUCAACACGGAGCAGCCCAACAUGGAAAGUCACGGGUCUCUGGAGAGCCUGAGCGUCUCCUUCAAUGAAUGCGUCUCUGAAAGCGCUAACCCAACUGGUGCCAUCUCGCAGUCUCCCAGCAGAGCUGUCUGUUGUAACGAAUGUUCAUCCUUCUUCCCCAGUUUACAGAACUACAUGGAGCACCGUUGCCCUGUUACACGGCCAUCUCUCGCACUGAAGGAGGAAAGUGAAAGUGACGUUAGCGACGAGGGGGAGGAGGAGAGUGACGUGGAGAGCCUGGCAGGAGAAAUAGUCUACCAGCCUGAUGGCUCCGCUUAUAUAGUGGAAAGUGUGAACCAGCUAAUCCAAAGUGGUGACACCUGUGACAGUACCCCUAGCGAGGCUCUUCUUUCCCUCUACAAACAAUCCUUGAGUAAUACAUCGGGAAAAUCUGAGGAGUCCUCAUCUGUAGGUCCAGUUUACCCACAAAUUAUUAACACUUUCCACAUAGCCUCGUCUUUCAGGAAGUGGUUUGAGAAUUCUGACAAAUCGUUCCUGGAGACCUCCACCCUGUCAGGCGUAAGCCCCGUCCUGCACAGCUUCCGAGUUUUUGAUGUGCGGCACAAAAGCAGCAAGGAUUACCUGAACAGUGACGGCUCUGCCAAAAGCUCGUGUGUAUCCAAAGAUGUCCCAAACAAUGUAGAUCUGUCCAAAUAUGACGGCUUUGUACUGUAUGGUAAACGAAAACCAAUUCUAAUGUGUUUUUUGUGCAAACUUUCCUUUGGCUAUGUCCGGUCAUUUGUGACCCAUGCUGUGCAUGACCAUCGAAUGACUCUGAGCGAGGAUGAGCGUAAGAUUCUUAGCAACAAAAACAUUUCUGCCAUCAUUCAAGGGAUUGGGAAAGAUAAGGAGCCUCUUGUUAGUUUUCUGGAACCAAAAAAUAAAAACGUCCAGAAUCCUUUAGUUUCUUCUGCCAACACUACUGGACCUGGUAAUAGUUUUUAUGGGAAAUUUAGUGGCAUUCGAGUCGAGGGCGAUGAAGCCCUGCAUGCUAGCCUAGCACUUCUAAAAGAUAAUGACACUACUUCCAGUGGGACAGAGCAGACACAGUCAAACGUUGUGUCCCAAAACACUCUGCUUAAUCUUGGGGGUUUCAAUAAUUCCUCCUUUAACACCUCCAUAAACUCUGUCCCUCUAAGCUCCUCAGGUUCUGGUUCUAGUAAACCUGAUUGUAGCAAGGAACCAGAAAUGACCGAGCCUGAGAAGCAUCCGAUGGGAGUACAAGACAGCAUAUCAGAAAGGCUGGAACCAGAUGAUGAUGAGGAGGAAGAGGAAGAUGAGGAGGAAGAAGAAGAUAUGGAUGAGGAAGGUGUAGACGAUGAGGGGGAGGAUUGCAAAGCACUGUUUCCUUGUGGGCUUGAUGUUGACUUUGUGGACAGGACUCAGGAGGAGUCUGGGGUGUUUGCCGAGAGCGGCGGCAAAAAGGACCUGGCUCUCACAAACCAAAGUAUUUCUAACUCUAAUUUAAUGCCUAAUGUUCCCCAGCCUUUGGCAAGGGGCACACCUACUACAUGUUCUUCUUCCUUUGUUGUCUACGAUGGUGCAAGCAGGAGGAACAUUUUAAGCUUUAACAGUGACUGCAUUGGGGUCAACAUGGCAGAGGUUGGGAGGAAAUUGGACUUUGUUGAUGAAAGUGCCAAUAGGGACAAUGCCACAGCACCUGAACCAAAUGAAAGUGCAGAGGGAGAAGAUGGAAGCCUGGCCACCCACCACCAGCAUUCCGAUAACCCCUGCGAGCUUGGCGCAGGGGAUUGCCCAUCUGGGAGCGGGGUGGAGUGUCCAAAGUGUGACACCGUAUUGGGCUCAUCGCGUUCACUCGGUGGACACAUGACUAUGAUGCACUCUCGGAACUCAUGUAAGACUCUCAAGUGUCCAAAGUGUAACUGGCAUUACAAAUACCAGCAGACGCUGGAAGCACACAUGAAAGAAAAGCACCCUGAGCCGGGUGGUUCCUGUGUCUACUGCAAAUCCAACCAGCCUCACCCUCGACUUGCCCGGGGAGAGAGCUACACCUGUGGUUACAAGCCUUUUCGCUGUGAGGUAUGUAACUACUCCACCACUACCAAAGGCAACCUCAGUAUUCAUAUGCAGUCGGACAAGCAUCUGAACAACAUGCAGAAUCUGCAGAACGGUGGCAGUGACCAGGUUUUCAGCCACAAUGCCGGGGUUGCGGUGGCUGCUGCUGCUGCUGCCGCCACUGCAGCCGCUGCUUCCAACAUGAGCAACUCUUGUGGGGCCCCUUCACCUACUAAACCAAAAACCAAACCCACCUGGCGCUGUGAAGUGUGUGACUAUGAGACCAACGUCGCUAGGAACCUUCGCAUUCAUAUGACCAGUGAGAAACACAUGCACAACAUGAUGCUGCUUCAGCAGAACAUGACCCAAAUCCAACAUAACCGGCACUUGGGCCUCAGCAGCCUGCCCUCCCCUGCUGAAGCGGAUCUCUAUCACUUCUACCUAGCACAAAACAUGAACCUGAAGAUGGACAACCCAGCUAAUGAGUCGCAGUACAUCAUGGGAGGGUUCCAGCUGGAUCCAACCAGCCCUAUGCCAGGAAUGGCUCCCACAGUAGUGGGCGGCGAGAUCCCUUUGGACAUGCGGCUGGGAGGUGGACAGCUGGUGUCUGAAGAACUUAUGAACCUGGGCGAGAGUUUUACCCAAACCAACGAUCCUACGCUAAAGCUCUUCCAGUGCGCAGUGUGUAACCGCUUCACCACGGAUAACUUGGACAUGCUAGGCCUACACAUGGGCGCUGAGCGCAGUCUGCCAGAGGAUGAGUGGAAAUCUGUGGUGGGGGACUCUUACCAGUGCAAUCUCUGCCGUUAUAACACCCAGCUGAAGGCCAACUUCCAGCUCCAUUGUAAGACUGACAAACAUGUCCAGAAGUACCAGCUUGUGGCUCAUAUUAAAGAGGGUGGUAAAGCCAAUGAGUGGAGGUUGAAAUGCGUCGCCAUUGGGAACCCAGUGCAUCUGAAGUGCAAUGCCUGUGACUAUUACACCAACAGCCUGGACAAACUACGUCUCCACACUGUGAACGCCAGGCACGAGGCUAGCCUGAAACUGUACAAGCACUUACAGCAGCACGAGAGUGGAGUGGAAGGAGAGUCCUCGUACUAUCACUGCGUGCUGUGCUCCUACUCCACCAAGGCCAAGCUCAACCUGAUCCAACAUGUCCGUUCCAUGAAGCACCAGCGCAGUGAGAGUCUGCGCAAACUGCAGAGGCUCCAGAAGGGGCUCCCGGAGGAAGAGGAAGACUUGGGGCAGAUAUUCACUAUCAGAACCUCUUCACCCCCUGUGGAGUCCGAUGAUCCAAUCGAGGAUGCUGAGGGACCUUGUGAUGCUUCUGAUCCAGACGAUGUCCCAAAAGACCAGGAGCCAGAGGGGGCAACAGAUUCAAACAAGGGCCAAGGUAUCACACCAGCAUCUUCUGUUUCCCCGGAGAAAGAUUUACCAGAUUCUGUGGUCUCCAAGCUUUCAUCAGUCACCAACACGGAGCCUCCUGCAGCCAAGCGACCGAAGUCCGCGGAGGAGAAGAAGAAUGAGCAGCUCUACCAGUGUCCGUACUGCAAGUACAGCAAUACAGACGUGAACCGCCUGCGAGCCCACGCCAUGACCCAGCACUCUGUGCAACCCAUGCUGCGAUGCCCACUGUGCCAGGAUAUGCUGAACAACAAGAUCCACCUACAGCUGCAUCUCACCCAUUUGCACAGCGUGGCCCCGGACUGUGUAGACAAACUUAUUGUCACGGUAACGUCUCCAGAGAUCCUCAUGCCAAGCAGUAUGUUCCUCCCAGUGAGUUCACCAGAGCAGGAGAAAACACUACCAGCUUCUGAAGCAACAGAGAAGCUUUCAGAAUCUGCUGAAGCAGUGUCCAAGAGCGCAUCUAAUCCCGAGGGAGUGGACUUGACUAUGGAACAGAGAGCGGCUAGUGACAAUAAUUCUGCAAGAGAAGAUUCUGGAUUCUUGUGUUGGAAGAAGGGAUGUAACCAAGUUUUCAAAACCUCUGCUGCGCUGCAAACACAUUUCAAUGAGAUUCACAAUAAGCGCCCUCAGUUGCCAGUUUCCGACCGCCAUGUUUACAAGUAUCGCUGCAACCAAUGCAGUUUAGCUUUCAAGACCAUUGAGAAACUCCAGUUGCAUUCACAGUACCACGUGAUCCGCGCCGCCACCAUGUGCUGUCUUUGCCAGAGGAGCUUCCGUACAUUCCAAGCUCUUAAGAAGCAUCUGGAGACCAGCCAUCUGGAACUAAGCGAGGCCGACAUCCAGCAACUGUACAGUGGGCUUCUGGUAAAUGGAGACAUUACAAAUGUGGGCGAUUCUUCAAUGGUGGAUGACCAAAGCAUGUUGGUGGACGAAGAAAAGGAGGAUGAGAGUGACCUAGAAGAUAAGCAGAGUCCUACUGGAAGCGAUUCGGGGUCUGUGCAGGAGGACUCUGGUUCUGAACCUAAGCGAGCUCUUCCUUUCCGUAAGGGCCCAAAUUUUACUAUGGAAAAGUUUUUAGAUCCCUCCCGACCCUAUAAGUGUACUGUAUGCAAAGAGUCCUUCACUCAGAAAAACAUUCUGCUAGUCCAUUACAAUUCUGUUUCUCACCUGCACAAACUAAAAAGAGCUUUGCAAGAAUCGACUACUGGGCAGCCUGAGCCCACUAGCAGCCCCGAUAAUAAACCAUUUAAAUGUAACACCUGCAGUGUCGCAUAUAGCCAGAGCUCAACUCUAGAAAUCCACAUGAGGUCUGUUUUACACCAAACCAAGGCCCGUGCAGCAAAACUGGAAGCAGCGGGCGGUAGUAGUAGCAGCAGCGGAGUAAGUGCCAACAGUUCCUGUGCAUCAGCAACCACUGCCACCUCUACAUCAUCAUCAAACCCUGUCAGUAGCAAUGUCGCCACAAUUUCAAGUUGCUCAACCACUGUAACUCCUGCCGUAAGCACCAGUAUCCCGAGCCAAGCAUCCAUUGAGCAGGUAGUCAACACGGGUGCAAGCAACCUGAUUACAGCUGGGGGCAUUUCUUACCAUCCCGAGCAUAAAGAAGUAAAUCGUAAGAAAUUGGCGGAUAUGAUUGCUUCACGGCAGCAGCAGCAGCAACAACAGCAGCAGCAGCAACAAGCCCAGUCAUUGGCCCAUGCCCAGGCCCAGGUGCAAGCCCAUUUUCAGCAAGAGCUCCAGCAGCAAGCUGCCAUAUUGCAAUCCCAGUUGUUAAACCCCACUCUACUCCCUCACUUUCCCAUGACUACAGAGACAUUACUUCAGCUUCAGCAACAGCAACAUCUGCUGUUUCCUUUUUAUAUCCCUAGUACAGAAUUCCAGUUCAACCCAGAAGUCAGUUUGCCCAUGACAAGCAGCACGCUGACCUUGACCGGAAGUACUUCCAGUUUGUUGGAAGAUAUGAAGACUCCUCUGCAAUUUUCACAACAAGCUCAUGCUCACCACCACCAUCUCCUCCAGCAGCAGCAACAACAACAAAGCCAGAUGUGUAUGUCUGAAACCCACUCCUCACUUCUGCAACCACCCGAACAAAAGAAACCUGUGAAAGAAAAUUUCAAGGAACUAAAAAAGGAAAGAGAGUUUUUGGAGAGAGUAGAUGAAACCACUGCAAGUAAUGAACCUGUAUCUGAUGGUGUGAAGUGUAAAGAAAAGAAAGAGCUUGCAUCUGGUUCAGGUUCUGAAGCUCUCUUGCUUCCACCUCGUAUUGCGUCAGAUGCUCGAGGUAAUGCCACCAAAGCUUUACUUGAGAAUUUUGGGUUUGAGCUUGUAAUUCAGUACAAUGAAAAUAAACAGAAAUCCCAGAAAAAGAAUGGGAAGAGUGAACAAACAGAUUGCUUGGAGAAGCUGGAAUGCAGCUCGUGUGGGAAGCUUUUCUCGAAUAUCCUUAUCUUAAAAAGCCACCAGGAACAUGUUCAUCAACGCUAUUUACCCUUUAAGCAGCUUGAGCAGUUUGCGAAGCAAUACAGAGAUCACUAUGAGAAACUUUAUCCAUUGCGGCCCCAAACACCAGAGGCACCGCCACCUCCACCUCCACCUCCUCCUCCACCCCCACCUCCACCACCACCUCCAGCAACUCCUCAGCCAGCUAUCACACCAACAGUUCCUACUUCUGCUCCACCUCUUACCCCACCCAGCAUUUCACCAGCACAAACCUCUGUGUCAUUAGCUCAACUUUCUAUGCCAAUGGAGCUGCCCCUUUUUUCACCCCUCAUGAUGCAAACCAUGCCCUUACAAUCAAUGCCAGGCCAGCUGCCCCCUCAGUUGGGGUCAGUAGACACACUUUCUGCUGACUUGGCCCAGUUGUAUCAACAUCAGCUAAAUCCUAAUCUCUUGCAACAGCAGAACAAAAGGCCACGAACUAGGAUCACCGAUGACCAACUGAGGGUGCUACGACAGUACUUUGAUAUUAAUAAUUCCCCAAGUGAGGAACAGAUUAAGGAAAUGGCUGAUAAGUCUGGUUUGCCUCAAAAAGUUAUUAAGCACUGGUUUAGAAACACCCUUUUUAAAGAGCGUCAACGCAACAAAGAUUCCCCUUACAAUUUUAAUAACCCACCCAUUACUAGUUUGGAAGAACUGAAGAUGGAUUCCAGACCUCCAUCACCCGAGCCUCAAAAGCAUGAAUACUGGGGAAGUAAGAGGUCUUCCAGGACGCGCUUUACUGACUACCAGCUUCGAGUUCUUCAGGAUUUUUUUGAUGCCAAUGCUUAUCCAAAGGAUGAUGAAUUUGAACAGUUAUCGAAUCUCCUCAACCUUCCUACACGAGUCAUUGUAGUCUGGUUCCAGAAUGCUCGCCAGAAAGCACGAAAGAACUAUGAGAAUCAAGGAGAUGGCAAGGAAUGUGAGCGUCGUGAACUGACUAACGAUCGGUAUAUUCGUACGAGUAACUUAAACUACCAGUGCAAAAAGUGUAAUUUGGUCUUUCAGCGGAUCUUUGACCUUAUUAAGCAUCAGAAAAAGCUAUGCUACAAAGAUGAGGAUGAAGAUAUACAUGAUUACAGCCAAAAUGAAGACUCCAUGGAUGCCACUGAUUUACUUACACCUUCUAGUUCAACAUGCAGCACUCCUAUGCCCUAUCAGUCAUUUAGCACUGCAGCUUCAACUUCUACAAAUACGGCCUGCGCGCUUUUAACUCAACAUAUGGUAGACCUGGAAGAAUCUACAAUUUAUAGUUCAAAGACAGACGAUACCCAUGACGAUAAACCAAAGCAUUUCGAAUUUCCAAGGAUGCAGCAAAACCAAACACAAGAACCACAACCAAAGCAAGAGCCGCAGCAGCCUCAGUCCACACAGUCACAACCUCCACAGCAAGACCAUUUGGAACAAAAAGGUAGUGCUACGCCCCAAAAACUUCCACCUCAUUCGUCUCCAUCCACACAGCCACAAUCCUCCCACUGUUCCAUGACUCAGUCAAGUCCCAAUGCAGCCCAGAUCCCACAUCAUCCUAUGAAGCCUCUUCACUCAUCGACUCCGCAGCCGUUGACCAGCUUGCCUCCUCAGCUAAUUCCCUAUCAAUGUGAUCAGUGCAAAUUAGCUUUCCCCUCAUUUGAACAUUGGCAGGAACAUCAACAACUCCAUUUUCUUAGUGCUCAAAAUCAGUUUAUCCAUCCGCAGUUUUUAGAUAGACCAAUGGAUAUGUCCUUCAUGCUUUUUGACCCAAGUAAUCCACUAAUAGCAAGCCAGCUUCUAUCUGGAGGACUCUCUCAGAUGCCAACUGGUUCAGCUACUUCACCUUCAGCGCAAUCUUCCACAAUGAAUACCCUGAAAAGAAAGUUGGAGGAAAAGGCAAAUGCAAGUCCAGGCGAGAAUGAUAGCGGGACAGGUGGAGAUGAACCUCAAAGGGACAAGCGAUUACGAACCACAAUUACACCAGAGCAACUGGAGGUUUUGUACCAGAAAUACCUGCUAGAUUCUAACCCAACUCGCAAGAUGCUGGAUCAUAUUGCCCAUGAGGUAGGAUUGAAGAAGAGAGUAGUUCAGGUUUGGUUUCAAAACACCCGAGCGCGGGAAAGAAAAGGGCAGUUCAGAGCAGUUGGUCCAGCACAAGCUCACAGACGUUGCCCCUUUUGCAGAGCUCUGUUUAAGGCAAAAACUGCUCUGGAAGCUCACAUACGAUCCCGUCACUGGCACGAAGCAAAGAGAGCUGGGUAUAAUAUGAGUUUAUCAGCAAUGCUUGUCGACUGUGACGGAGGGAUCCAGUUGAAAGGAGACUUUUUUGACACUACUGCCUUUCAUAGCUUACCACAGAGUAGCAGUGAUGGACAAUGUAUUUCCCUUUCCCCGGUGAGCAAAUGCAUGGAUCUCUCUCCACGUACACUGCUCAGUCCAUCAUCUAUUAAAGUUGAAGGAAUGGAAGACUUUGAAAGCCCUUCUAUGUCAUCUGUCAACUUGAGUUUUGAUCAGGUUAAGUUGGAUAAUGAUGACUGCUCCUCAGUGAAUACUGCUAUAACUGACACCACAACAGGAGAUGAAGGAAAUGCAGACAAUGACAGUACAACGGGUAACAUAGCUGAAACCAAAUCUGCAUCCGUAACCAGUGAAGGCAUGCCAAAGUCUACAGUGAUGGCAAUGUCUGAAUAUGAGGACCAAAUGUCUUCUGGAUUGGUAAGCCCUGCCCAAAGUUUUUACAGUAAAGAGUAUGAAAAUGAAAACAUAAUUGAUUAUAGUGAAACUUCCAGUCUUGCAGACCCUUGCUCUCCUAGCCCAGGUGCAAGUGGAUCAGCGGGCAGGUCCGGUGACAGUGGAGAACGACCUGGUCAAAAGCGGUUUCGAACUCAAAUGACAAACCUUCAACUGAAAGUUCUCAAAUCUUGUUUUAAUGAUUACAGAACUCCAACCAUGCUGGAGUGUGAAGUCCUGGGCAAUGAUAUCGGACUGCCAAAGAGAGUUGUCCAGGUCUGGUUUCAGAAUGCCCGGGCAAAAGACAAGAAGUCCAAACUAAGCAUGGCCAAGCACUUCGGAAUAAACCAAACAAACUAUGAGGGACCCAAAACAGAGUGCACUUUGUGUGGCAUCAAAUAUAGCGCACGUCUGUCUGUGCGGGAUCAUAUCUUCUCCCUGCAGCAUAUCUCCAAAGUUAAGGAUGCUAUAGGAAGCCAGUUGGACAAGGAGAAAGAGUACUUUGAUCCAGCCACUGUUCGUCAGCUUAUGGCCCAACAAGAGAUGGAUCGUAUCAAAAAGGCCAAUGAGGUUCUGGGUCUGACCCCACAACAACAGGGUGUGUUUGAUAGCCCUCCCUUACAAGCACUCAAUCUUCCAACACCCUACCCAGCUAUCCAAGGUAUCUCUCCAGUACUUUUGCCAGGCCUCAGCAGUCCAUCUUUACCAGGAUUCCCUCCCACUAACACAGCUUUAAGUUCUCCAAAAUCCAACGCGAUGGGAGUGUCCAACACUACAGUUCCCUCCCCUGGCCUCCCCACUUCUGGACAACCAAAUAAACAGCCACCUAAAUCACAAAGUCCUAUGACCGCUUCACAAACCUACUCGUCACCUGGGCUCCAGACACAAGAGUUGCAGAAGGAAAAAGAUAAUGAGAAGAUGAAAGAGAAGGAAAGGGGGAAAGGCAAGGGGGAUCCCUCUCCAGUGCCCAAAAAAGAGAAAGGAGGAAAUGCAGCGUCCACCUCCAGCUCAAUGCCGGGCAUGGAGUAUGUGGUGGAUCCAUCUCAGCUUCAAGCUUUGCAAGCAGCUCUGACGUCCGAUCCAUCAGCCCUGCUCACUAGUCAGUUUCUUCCUUACUUUGUUCCUGGCUUCUCUCCCUACUACAGUGCUCAGAUUCCUGGGACUUUGCCAGGUGGUUACCUGCAGCCGAUGUACGGAAUGGAAAGCCUGUUACCGUACAACCCCGCUAUCUCCCAAGCUUUGAUGGGGCUUUCGCCAGGCUCUUUGCUUCAGCAGUAUCAGCAGUACCAGCAGAGCUUACAGGAAGCCCUCCAGCAACAGCAGCGGCAACUCCAAUUGCAGCAGCAAAAGCAGCAGCAGCAUCACCACCAUCACCACCACCAUCAUCAUCAAAGACUGCAGCAGCAACAGCCCAAAGCAAGCCAAACCCCUACACCUUCCCUUAUUUCCCCUUCCGACAAAGACCCUGCCAAAGACUCCCCCAAGCUGGAAGAAAAGAAUCCCGCAGCCCUUGAGGUAUCUCACUCCAACAAGCCCCCUGAACAGCAAGAAGUGGAAAACCAAGGUGCGGACUGUCUAUUGGAUCCACUUAUAGUCCCAAAGGUGCAGUACAAGUUGGUCUGCCGGAAGUGUGAGCUGAGCUUCAGCAGCGAGGAGGCGGCUAUCAGCCACCUGAAGUCCCUCUGCUUCUUUGGCCAAUCUGUGGUGAACCUGCAAGAGUUAGUGACAUGCGUCCCCACUGGUGACAUCAGUGGCUCCUACCGCUGCUUAGGCUGUGAGGCCACUCUGUGUGGGGGCGAUGCUCUGCGUCAACACCUGGAGUCACCCUUGCACAAACACAGAACAAUCAAAAGAACAGCAAGAAAUGCCAAAGAGCACCCUAGUAUAUUACCUCACUCUGCCUGCUUCCCCAAUCCUGACACCGCAUCUACCUCUCAGUCUGCUGCUGACUCCAAAGCCAGCCUCUCACCCCCUUCCCCCUCUGCUUCUCCUCAUGCCUCCACAAAGACUUGGUCUCACAGUACCCCCAGAAAACCACCUCCUCCUCUCCCCACACUCUCCUCAUCCUCAACAGUUACCUCAAGCCCGUGCAGCACCUCAGGGGUUGCAACCUCCUUUCCAACAGACGGUUUCUCUGAGGAGUCUGACUCUGACCUCAGCCAAAAGUCUGACAGGGUGGGAAGUCCAGUAGGCGCUCCUGAGAACCCAAGCUGUCACGAGGAAGGCUCUCGAACUGCUGUGGGAGUGGGUUCUUUACGACUUUAGACUUCGGAGAUGGACGAUGAUGAUGAAAAAUAAUAAUAAAUAUGAAUUUUAAAUAAUAAAAAGAUAAAUAACAAACCAAUUUCACAAACAAAUACUGCAAAUUCCAAAGCUUCUAACCAAAAAAAACAGAGGAACCCCUCCCUCCCCCAGUAUGAAUUUCUUCAUUCCUGCACCUGCCCCACCGCCCUGUCUUCCCCUCUGCCUACUGUCACAUUGGGCCCCUUACACAGGGAACUGGGUUCCAACUCCUCUUCGUCCCCUUUUGUGGAGUUUGGUCACCCAGCGGUGACAGCCCUUCUCUGCUCACUUAGGAUGGCUUUGUUAAGAAGAAACCAAUGGAAUUAUUGUUAUUCUCAGGUCAAAUGUUCACACCGUGUUCUGACUCUGGUCUUGGAAUUUUAUAUAUACAUAUAUAUGACUAGGGAUAUAUAUGUGUGUGUAUAUAUGUAUUUAUUUUAUUUUAUUUUAGUUUGUUUUUUGUUCAAUAAUUUUUUAUUUUUUUUUAUUUUGUUUUUUAAGUAAUUGCUAACUUAACCGGGCAGAAAAAAGUUUCAGGACUGGGUUGAGAAAAAAAAAGUUGCCUCCCAUGGGACAAUAAUUGUUGGGUGGCAUUCAUACUUUAUAAUUUCCACAUCCGGAAACCACAACUGAAAAAAAAAAAAUAUAUAUAUAUAUAUAUAUACUUUAAAGAGUAAUGAACAGACUUUCUGUAUUUCUUGUAGAUGAGGCCAUUGAUUCAAGACAGUUUUCAGACGUGGAUGAGAUCCUUUUGUGUACUUUUUGUGUCCAAAUGACGUUUCUCAUAUUGACGUUUGUUGUGGGUCAGCUCGCCCCACCUGCCACAUUGUAAACCAACCUAACCUUUAGCUCUUUAACCAAAAGACUCCCUUCUCCCUGUUUUUUUUAUUUUUUUUAUUUUAUUUUUAUUAUUUUUUAUUAUAUAUAUAUAUUUUUUUUAAUAUAUUUUUAAGAUCACUCAGCUCUUACCAGCAGGGAUCGUUCACUGCUAAUUAAUGAAUUUUAUUUGCAUUUUACUUUUUCCCAAUGGGGCACACAGCUCUUCAUAGCCUGCAUUAGCAGCGCUGUACAUAGCGUGUUACAGGCACUUCCCUUGACCCGAUGAGCUAACACGCGACAAAACCUGAUGUUAGGAUUUGGGAAAAGAGGGUUUGCUGAUAAAGGUGUAAUAUUCCCUGUUGUUUGGUGUUUGUAAUCUGCACACUUUUCCCAACCCCAGUGUUACCUGUUUACUCUGUUUCAUGUCAAUAGACAGAGGUCUGUUCUGUUAAAAAAAGAAAAGAAAAAAGUAAAAAAAAAAAAAAUAACCAUUUGUAUGUGUAUGUAUACAUGAGUGUGUGUAUAUGUAUGCAUAGAUACAUUGUCACACACAGACGUGUGCACACACAUUUAAUUUCUUUUUGAAUGAAAACUGAUGCUUUAAAUAAAAUCCAAAGAGAAGCCUCCCUUGUUUGUUGGCGCGGAA